GUACAGGCCGGUCGGGGGGGCGUUCUUAACAAAUCCCUCCAAAAUAUCUGUACAGGACGGAGCCCGGGGCGGGAUCUCGGAAGUUUGCUGCAAUCAUGUUUCUUUGAACUUUAUUUUGGGAAGCGAUUUUAUUUCAUAUAUGCUGGAUCUCAGCCUGGGACAAAAUCCCCAUUAAAUCUAUCUCCAGGGGAAGUGUGAAGCAGUGAUUGCAUCUUGGUUUAGUUUAAGGCAUAUUAUUUUAAGACCCAAAAACACAAACACACACGUACACACACUCGGGGGAGUCUGAAGAAGCGAUGAAAACCCUGAGCUGAGAUCUCCAGAGCUUUGUGGACAUCUGCUCUUACACAUAACCGCCUCUUUCGGCCACCAUGCCUGGCCCAGUGGCCGGCAGCACAGCCCGGGUCUACGCUGAUGUGAACACCCUGAAGAGCAGAGAAUACUGGGACUACGAAGCUCACGUGCCAAACUGGAGUAAUCAGGAAAACUACCAGCUGGUGCGGAAGUUGGGCCGGGGGAAAUACAGCGAGGUGUUCGAGGCCAUUAAUGUCAACAACAGCGAAAAAGUGGUGGUGAAGAUCCUGAAGCCUGUCAAGAAGAAAAAGAUCAAGCGGGAAAUCAAAAUCCUGGAAAACCUGAGAGGAGGAACCAACAUCAUCCGGCUAGUGGACACCGUAAAGGACCCCGUGUCUCGUACACCUGCUCUUGUCUUCGAGUGCAUCAAUAACACGGAUUUCAAGGAACUCUACCAGAAGCUAACAGAUUUCGAUAUCCGUUAUUACAUGUAUGAACUACUAAAGGCCUUGAACUACUGCCACAGUAUGGGCAUCAUGCACCGUGACGUCAAGCCCCACAACGUCAUGAUCGAUCAUCAGCUGAGGAAGCUGAGGCUGAUAGAUUGGGGUCUGGCUGAGUUCUAUCACCCUACGCAGGAGUACAACGUCCGAGUGGCAUCACGCUACUUCAAGGGUCCUGAGCUACUUGUGGAUUAUCAGAUGUAUGACUACAGUCUGGACAUGUGGAGUUUGGGCUGCAUGCUGGCUAGUAUGAUUUUCAGGAAGGAACCGUUCUUCCAUGGCCAGGACAACUACGACCAGUUGGUGCGCAUCGCUAAAGUCCUCGGAACCGACGAGCUCUUCGGCUACCUGCGCAAAUACCACAUCGAGCUGGACCCACGCUUUAAGGACCUGCUUGGCCAGCAGACGAGGAAGUGCUGGGAGCAGUUUGUUCAGGUGGAGAAUCAGCACCUGGUGAGUCCUGAGGCUCUGGACCUGCUGGAUAAACUACUGCGCUACGACCACCAGCAAAGACUCACCGCCACUGAAGCCAUGGAGCACCCCUACUUCUACCCAGUGCUGAAGGAACAGUCUCUUACCAAUGCGAAUAACACUGUAGGAUCAGAAGGAUCUAAUGCGGCACGGUGAACAGACUGUCAGAAAGCUGAAAAUAACUUGUUACCUCAGUUUACCUUUUGUGGCAGAAACUCUCAAUGUACAGUUGAAGAUGGGCAAGAACAGUAUUGACCAGUUUACACCUAUCUCUCUCUCUCUCUCACACACACACACACACACACACAAUGUUGUUCUCCAUAUCAGUGAAGGUUGUUCUGUCCCCUGUACCUCCAUUUUAGUUUGGAGAUCAUAAAGCUGCCUCCUGUUUUAUUACUAGGUGAGGAGUUGUUAGAGGAACAAGGCCAGGCCCAACCCCCCCCCGAUAAUACCGCGAUCCUGCCCCUGUUUCCCUUUGCCGUGAAGAGUGAAGCACAGAUAAUCCCCUGCCCUCACUUGUUCUCCUCACAGGUCUGUCUGUGUGUUCUGUAUUCAGACCCCAGUGUGGUAUCCAAUGAACCACCACACAGAAGAAAGUGGCAUAUUGGACCUCAUUUCUCUCUGCUCUAGGUAGAAAAAAAGUAUUAAUGACAAUAAAUGACUUUUAUUUAA